AUGCUGAAUACUGUUGUAUAUUGGGUUUCUGAUGACGCAAAGAAAGUUGAAGCAAUGUACUAUGAUCCCUUUAUUAAAAAAAAUAAUGAAAGAGGUUUUAUAUAUACUUUAAAGCUACCUGAUGACUUAUUAAAAUCUAAAGCUUUUUGGAAUAUUUUUAACAAGAGACAAUUAAAUGUGCAUGGCUAUCCUUUGCGCGUUUGCAUUUUUGGAUACGCAGGAACUUGUUCACCUGUAUUUGAUUCAAAUAACACUCUAAUCCGAUAUAAACUCAGAGAUGGAAAUUUGAUAGAUUCUAUUGCUAAAACCAUAAAUUUUACACCUAUUUAUUUCACACCAACUGAUGGUUUGACAUACGGUGGUGCAUUGAAUAAUGGUACUUUAUUAGGAUCUAUAUUAGACAUUGAUAGUGGCGUGGCUGACAUUUUAGGAAACAUUCGACCGAUCAAAAGCUAUGGACAAGCUAAUGCGCAAUUUUUAUUUCCUGCAGAUGAAAUGAAAUUUACUUUUCUCGUUCCAAAAAUGGAUGAAGAUUUUGCAGUUUCAUUUUUGAGAAUAUAUGAUACUGCUACUUCAUUUGCAUUAUUCAGCAUGUUUUUGGCUACAGCCCUUAUUUGGUAUGUUCUACAAAACGUAAAUCUACGAAUCAAAAGCAAUUUUUAUGUACCACAUUUUCUUGAAGAGCAUUUAGACAGAGAUUUAAUGCGAACUGAAGAUAUUUUACAGAUGCUAUUUGGCAUAAUGCUACAAGUUUCUCAAAAAAGUCGGCGAAAAAUAUAUGAAAGGUGUUUGUUUAUUUCUGUGGUUUUGUUUUCUAUGAUUGUUAGCUAUACUUAUCAAGGUAAGAUGGUUGAGCGUCUCAGUGCUAGUAGAAUAUCUCUAGAUAUAAAGGAUAUAGAAGAAUUAGCUGAAAGUAAUUUAAAAAUUAGAACUGUUUAUGGCUUUAAGAUCUUCUAA